AUGAAACUGUUUAUUGCUGCUACCGUUAGUAUUAUCUUCUUUGGGAUGCUCGUCGCUUUUGCCGAUGAACAAACCGAAACAGCACCGCCGAAAGUGGGCGACACGGCACCGGAUUGGACGCUCCAAGACGCCGAGGAAAAGGAGCACAAUCUAAAGAAGUUGCGCGGCAAGGUCGUUUUCCUCAUUAUGGGCAAUCGUAAGAUUCGGAAGGAAGAUGACAAGUGGGCAGAGGCGUUCCAGAAGGCGUACGGAGAGAACGAACAGGUUGUCGCCUAUAUCAUUGGUGAUUUACGGAGCGUUCCUGGGUUCAUACCGAAACGGUUUAUCAGAGGUCAACUGAAGAAAAACCCGCCCCCUGUGGGAUUCCUGCUGGAUUGGAAGGGAGAAGUGCAUAAGCGGUAUCAGACGGGAGAAAAGAAACCCACGCUUUAUCUAAUCUCGCAAAACGGUACUAUUGUGUUCCACCGAAAAGCGAACUUCAAGCCAAAAAUUUACGCCGAACUCAAGAAAGAAAUCGACAGGCUUUUAGCAACCCCCGACGCAAAUUGA